UUCCAAUCAACUUCGAAUUGCACGACCACUCCAAAAAAAGAGAAGGAAACAAACACGAAGGUCCCCCAAAUUUGCUAGGAACAAUCCAAUAUGAUACCUAACGGAGUUGAAGACGAAGAGAAGUGGCUUGCCGCUGGGAUCGCCGGCCUUCAGCAGAACGCUUUUUACAUGCAUCGCGCUCUUGACUCGAGCAAUCUGAAAGAUGCAUUGAAAUACUCGGCUCAGAUGCUCUCGGAGCUCCGAACUUCCAAGCUUUCUCCUCACAAAUACUACGAGCUAUAUAUGCGGGCAUUUGAUGAAUUGAGGAAGCUAGAGAUUUUCUUCAAGGAGGAGAGUAAGCGUGGUUGCUCUAUUGUUGACUUGUAUGAGCUCGUGCAGCACGCUGGCAACAUUUUGCCCAGAUUGUAUCUCCUUUGUACAGUGGGAUCGGUGUACAUCAAAUCAAAGGAGGCUCCUGCCAAGGAUAUUCUCAAAGAUCUGGUGGAAAUGUGCCGUAGCAUACAGCAUCCGUUACGUGGGCUCUUCCUAAGGAGUUACCUUUCCCAAGUCAGUAGGGAUAAACUGCCUGAUAUAGGAUCUGAAUAUGAAGGGGAUGCUGACACUGCCAUGGAUGCUGUAGAAUUCGUGCUCCAAAAUUUCACAGAAAUGAACAAACUUUGGGUGCGAAUGCAACAUCAGGGACCUGCACGGGAAAAGGAAAAACGUGAAAAAGAAAGGAGCGAGCUUCGCGAUCUUGUGGGGAAAAACCUGCAUGUUCUAAGUCAAAUUGAGGGCAUUGACCUUGAUUUGUACAAAGAUAUGGUGCUUCCAAGAGUUCUAGAGCAGGUUGUCAACUGUAAAGAUGAGAUUGCACAGGGAUAUUUGAUGGAUUGCAUCAUCCAAGUCUUCCCUGAUGAGUACCACUUACAAACUCUUGAAACAUUACUAGAUGCUUGCCCCCAGUUUCAGCCAUCUGUUGAUAUCAAGACAGUGCUUGCUCGUCUGAUGGAAAGGCUUUCAAACUAUGCUGCUUUAAGUGCAGAAGUCUUACCUGAGUUUUUCCAGGUUGAAGCUUUCACAAAACUAAACAAUGCCAUAGGCAAGGUGAUAGAGACUCAAGAAGACAUGCCUAUUGCUGGAGUGGUGACUUUGUAUGCAUCUCUUUUGACAUUUACUCUUCAUGUCCACCCUGAUCGCCUUGAUUAUGUAGAUCAGAUUCUGGGUGCAUGUGUUCAGAAACUUUCUGGGAAAGGAAAGCUCAAAGACAAUAAAGCAACAAAACAGAUUGUGGCCCUACUAAGUGCUCCCCUGGAGAAGUACAAGGAUAUAGAUACUGUGCUAAAGCUGUCAAAUUAUCCUCAUCUUAUGGAGUAUCUUGAUGAUGCAACUAGUAAAGUGAUGGCUAAUGUUUUGGUUCAAAAUAUUCUGAAAAAUAAGACUUGCAUUUCAACUGCUGAAAAGGUUGAGGCACUUUUUGAGUUAAUGAAAGCACUGAUUAGAGAUUUGGGUGAGGAUGUUAAUGAUGAGCUUGAUGAAGAUGAUUUCAAGGAAGAGCAGAAUUCUGUUGCACGGCUUAUUCAAAUGCUUCACAAUGAUGAUCCUGAAGAGAUGCUGAAGGUGAUGAGUUGGAUGUCCUGAUAUUGAUGUAUAAUUCCAUUCUCAAAAAACGAUAUUGAUGUAUAUAUGAUGAUCUACUGCGAAGAGUGUUGAUGUUUCACUUUGUUAUUAAGAAGGGGGAAAAAGGAAAAUGAUGAGAAACCCAAUGACUGCCAACACUGGAAGAGAACUUUAAGAUGACCAUGUACAAGCCCAGCUUGUAACCAAAAUGAGCAGUUCAUGCCUCGUGGCUCUGUGGUUCACUUUUUUUUUAUAUGAUCGUUUAUGCUCAAGACAAGGCAUGCAUCUGAUGAUAAUGUUGUAUGGUUUGCUUCUAUGUGGCUGCAAUGUUUGUUUUCCUAGUUGUAAGUGUUGUUUUCUUGCUUCCGAGAGUUGUUACCGUUAGAUAUGUACAUAAUGUAGUCUUGUCCCACAUUGGAAUAGGAGUAGUAUGUCCUUGUAUAGAAUAACUAUAAAUAAGGACCUCUUGUAUUGUAUUGAACACACAAUAUCAAUAUAUCA